AUGGACUUUUCUAGGAGAGAUCUCUUUAGCUACCUUAUUGAAGAUUCGCUCUCUCAAACGGACGACUCUCUAAGAGUAGUUGGUGGAGACCUUGUUAUCGACCCGGAGCUUGCAAUUAGAGCAGGAAGGCAAACCACGGCCUCUACAACAAGCGCCUUGCUCUUUCUUUGGGCGAAACACCUUGAGAUAUGCCGGAAGCUGCGAAAAGAGAUAGACUCUACUAUAUCCUCUGGGGUGGCUUUGCCGCAUUCGGUGCUGGAAGGCAAGCCGUAUCUGGAGAGAUGCAUUAACGAAGUCAUGCGUCUAUACCCUGCUGUUCUGAGUGGAGUCCCUCGAGAAACAGGUCCAAAGGGUUUAACAAUCGAUGGCGUUUUCAUUUCUCCAUUCAACAUGGUGUCUGUGCCGACUUAUGCGAUUCACAGAGGAAACCGUGGGUUUUACAGAUCUCAGAAACCACAGAUACCCCAACAAUUUAUCUCCGAGCGCUGGAUGAGCAAGUCUGACCUGAUUAUUAAGAAAGAGGCCUUCAUACCGUUCUCAUUUGGCCCAUAUGCCUGUGCUAAGAAGGGCUUUGCAAUGGUGAAAAUCCGACUGUUAAUUACGACAAUCGUGAGGAAUUUUGAGUUCCGAUUCCCUCCUGGGCAAGAGCAGCAAUAA